AUGUUGUCGCGCCAUCUCGGCCGCAAGGCCGCGGAUCUCGGGAUCGCGCGGUCUCCGGCACUGCUGCGAUCAAUCGCAACCGUUCCCAUCGCCGACCGCCAUGCGAUCUUGUCGUCACCGCCUUUCACGCCCGUUCCAUCCUCUAUUACCGAAUCGCCCGCAGCGAUCCCAUCGCCACCCCAUUUCUGCUUCUCCCGAGGCUUUGCAGCGGAUGCAGCACUCACCACAGCUCCGCCCAUCUCCGCCACGGAGCUCGCCCUGAAAACCCCCUCCGCCACCAUCACCUACGACACCACCAUCCACGAGCGCCUGCCGCCCGGGGACCCUUCCAAGCGUGCUUUCACCUACCUCGUCCUCACGGGCGGCCGAUUCAUCUACGCGUCUGCUCUCCGCCUGCUCGUGCUGAAAUUCAUUCUCAGUAUGAGCGCGAGCAAGGAUGUGCUUGCGUUGGCUUCGCUCGAAGUGGACCUUGGGAACAUCGAGCCUGGUAACACGGUUACCGUAAAGUGGCGCGGGAAGCCGGUGUUCAUCCGCCGCCGCACGCCUGCUGACGUGGCGAAGGCCAAUGACGUGAACCUCUCGGAGCUUCGGGACCCCGAGCCUGAUUCGGCCCGGGCGCCGAAUCCAGAGUGGCUGGUUGUGAUUGGCGUGUGCACACAUCUGGGGUGUGUGCCGCUGCCGAAUGCGGGGGAUUACGGCGGGUGGUUCUGCCCGUGCCACGGGUCGCACUAUGACAUCUCAGGGCGUAUUCGCAAAGGACCGGCUCCCACCAACCUGGAAGUGCCGACUUACAAGUUCUUGGAUGAAACCAAGGUGCUGGUUGGCUGA